AACACCCAUCUCGGAAACACAGGAGCUCAAAGAAAAUCCCCUGUUUCCCACUCGUAAUUACGACUUUACAGUGGCGUUCAUGUGCGUUCAACUCGUAAAUAUGAUCUUUCCGUCAUGACUUGAACGCACCAUUAGACUACAUUGUUUUUGUCAUUUUACUUCAUCCGCAUUCCGUCAAGCCCCGCCUCCUGCGCUAAUGGAGAUGGAUCAUUAGCCAAUCCCCAGCGCAGGGGGCGGGACUAGCGCGUGUCGUUCCUGAACUUUAUUACUUCCUGGUCUGCGAAUCCUGUUUGCGUACAAUUUUUAACAGUAUUUUUGUCAACUUUUUUAAAGUUAUUAGGACGCAUACUAACGGAGCAGAAUGGUUGAUCAUUCCUUUGCCAUACCAAUAUCUGUAGUGACAUUAUUUUGGGUGUUUGUUGGUGGAGCUGUGCCGUUGUUCAUUCCCAAGGGGCCGAACAGAGGUGUUAUAGUGAUCAUGUUGGUGAUGACUGCAAUCUGCUGCUAUUUGUUCUGGUUGAUAGCCAUCCUAGCUCAGCUGAACCCACUGUUUGGACCAACUCUGAGCAACGACACCAUAUGGUACCUCUGGCACCACUGGCCCUAGCUGUUGGCUUAUCUGAGUGCAAGGACCUGGAUCAAAACUGCUUUAUACCUGAAUGCAGGUGUAAAGGGAAACCAGCAACAUUCAUUAGAAUCUACAAGCUCAUUGUAAAUAAGAAUAAGGUUUUGUACAUUGCAGUUUAUUUAAAAUUUUUGAUCUGUUGAUCAAAUGGUGAAUCAGUUCAAUAAGAACAGAUGAUAAAAUAUGGUAAAACAAGUAUACCAAUAUUUGUAGUGACAUUAUUUUGGGUGUUUGUUGGUGGAUCUUGGGCAGAUCCAAGCACUCAGUGCAUUGUGGUGCGCUGCAGACCGCACCAGUGGAAACACUGGCAGCGCUCGCCCUGCCCACUGGUGGAAUCUUGCACUUGUUCCUUUUUCAAGAUCCAAGCACUCACACACCUUAGGUCAAGUAACACCUUGAUCAAGUAUGGAUAUGUAAAAUGAUUGUAAAGAAAGAAUGUCAUGUAAACAUGUAGGCCAGAAGAUCUACUGUGGAAGCUUGGUGACUGUCACACUGAACUUAAUUGUCUACUGUCAUUGUUGCAAACUCAACAUAAGUGAUAAAGAGUAUGAAUCUGA